AUGACAGGAAAGGGGAGAGAAGUAGUGAAUGUGAUGGAAAAUAAGAUCGACAUGCUGUGUGUGCAAGAAACAAGGUGGAAAGAACAGAAAACCAGGGAGCUGGGAGAAGGCUUUAAGUUGUACUACAUGGGUGUGGAUAACAGGAGGAACGGUGUUGAGGUGGUGCCCAGAGUUGAAAGAGUGCGUCAUCCAGGAAAAGAUGACUUCUGGGAUCUUCUGGGAGACACAAAGUUGAAAGUACCAGAAGGUGAGGAUGUAUGGAUAACAGGUGACUCAAAUGGACAUGUUGGAGAAGGAAGGAGAGACACAGAAGUCACUGGGAGAUAUGGAGUGGGGACAAGGAAUGAAGCAGGCGACGAAAUUGUGGACUUUACAACAGCAAAAAGCCUGGCCAUAGUCAACACCCACUUCCAGAAAAGACUGACUCGUCGAGAAGUCAUGGCCAAACAGCAUAAGCUGGUGAUCUGCAAAGUAAAGAUGAAACAACAUAGACAAAUGAAGCAGACUGGUACAAGGAAAACACGCUGGUGGAAGUUGAACGAGGAGGAACACCGGGGUAAAUUUACGCAGAGAGUGGAGACAGAACUGGGAGAGAAGGAGAAAACAUGGGGUGAAUUAAGAACAGUAGUACGGAAAACUGCAGAAGAGAUACUAGGACGUACUUCAGGCAAGAAAGGGAAGAAGGAAGAGACAUGGUGGUGGUGCACUGAAGUGCAAGAAGCAAUAAAGGAGGAGAGACAAAGGGAAAGAGACCUAAAUAGAUGUGAGGAGACUAUCACAGCCUAUAAAAUUGCAAAUAAGAAGGCGAAGAAAGAAGUGACGAAAUCCAAAAGUAAAGCAUAUGAAGAUCUAUACAACAGCCUAGAAGGAGAAGAAGGACAAAGGAAAGCUAUAAGGAUAACGAAGCAGAAGAAUAGAGACUCAAAGGAUGUGUACCAGGCAAAAAGAGUGAAGAAUGAAGAUGGUCAGGUACUGACAGAUGACACGCAGAUACGAUAG